UAUCGACGAACUGAUCGCAUUGUGAAAACGAAAACAUACUCAGUCGCGAUAAACAAUAUUUCGAACGAAAAUGAAACUUCUCACGCAGGUCUUGGUUGUCUUGGGGCUGUAUUAUUCAACGGCCGUGGGUUUGGAAUCGUUCCCUGCGGAACCAUUUGGACUGAUCGAUGGACAAAUAAAUUCCACGAUAAACGGUUUGCUGGCAAACCUUUCUGACCCUUUCGAAAUUGAAGAUUUGUCGGCCACUUUCGACAGCGAACUCUUAACAGGAUCGUUCGGGAUAAACGACCUAACCCUGUUGGGUGUCAAAAAAAUAGCAGCCAGCAAAAUCGACGUCAACCUGCUCGGCUUGGCUUUGAACAUGACCAUUUCCGUGCCGAAACUGAUCUUGAACUCCAAAUACAACGCCGACCUGGCGCUGGCUGACCUAUUGCCGCUCUAUGGCGAUGGUAGAGCCAGCGUCACGUUAGAGGGAUUCGAUAUCAUUGUGGGUGGCAAAUUGAAUAUAACCGGCGGCCUGGGAUUGUCCAACGUUUCGAUCUUGACCACCCUCGACGACGCUAACUUUGACUUGCACGGCAUGCUCAACAACGAAGAGUUCAGCCUCCUGGUGAGCGAGGCUUUAAACGACAACUUCGUCGAUUUUCUGAACGAAAACGAACAAGUAAUCGGGGGUUACUUAAGCGCGAUUGCGCAGGCCGCUAUCAACGGGAUUUUGGGUAAAUCUGCGGCCUCCGACACUCUGGACGAAAUCUUGGAAGUUGUCAAUCGAGGUCUUUAUCCUCACGUUACGAUUGCCAGGACCAAAGCUUUAUAACUUUAUUUUUAAAAUGUUGCUAAUUGUAUUCUAAAUAAAAUUGUUUUAACCCCGCAAGUAAUCGAAGAGAAGUUAAUGCUGUAGAACCCUGAAGUACCUUUGCAAGUAAUAAGGCUGAAAAUAUGACAAAAGCAGAUAAAAUUUUGCGAAAGGGUGUUUUCGAUGACUCGGAAUUUAAAUCCGGUAUUAUUUUUUCAAAUUUUCGGCAAAUUAUCGAUAAAACCAGUUUUAAAAUAUUUUGACCCCUGCCUCUAAGAGAGGAUAGUUUUAGAGGUAUCUGCGGAUAGACCUUGUUGACCUCCCUUCGAUACAUUUUUUUUCGAAGCAAUGUAGGUAAAAAAAUUGAAAAUUUUUUGAGAAAAUUCAGGGCCUUUGGAAAUAUUCGAUCAACGUCGAUAUUUUUCGAUCCGGUAUCCGAAAUUUCCGAAAUUUGGUAACUGGUAAGGGGGUGCCUUUUUAGCCAUUCCGGCAAAAUAUACCAAAUUCGGAUUUCUGAUAAUGCGUGUAUGGAAAAUUUUAUCCACUCAAAAUGGGAUGAUCAAUUU